CUUCCUACUCUUUUCUUUCAAACCAAACCUAUCCUUUCCCUCUUCUUUUCCCCCCCUAUAACCAUGCCAGAAACCCACAAGCAAGAAGUUAUUUGGCCAAGAUUGGUGGCCAACAAGCUGUUCCGAAGGCCGAUGAGCUCCUUCGUCGCAGACUUUCCAAGCUCCGAAAUGAUUGUAGAAGCAGCGAAAGCCGACCAACACACUGAGUCGCCGGGGACUACUCUCAAUGAUCCCAAGGAAACUCACAAGUUCAAGCUUUUCUCGAGCACAUGGAAUGUCGGAGGCGUCGCACCGCCGGAUGAUCUCAACUUGGAAGAUUGGUUAGACACGAAGAACAACUCCUACGACAUCUAUGUUCUCGGGUUCCAGGAAAUCGUCCCGCUUAGCGCGAAAAACGUCCUAGGGCCCGAAAAGAACCGGAUCUCGACGAAGUGGAAUUUACUUAUUAGGGAUACAUUGAACAAGUCAUUGUGCAACUUCAAUGGGGACCAAGAAUCUAAGGUAGAGGAGAGCUUCGCAAGAGACUUCCAGUGCGUCGUGAGCAAGCAGAUGGUCGGAAUUCUGGUGUCAGUUUGGGUGAGAGGCGAUCUUCAAAGCUACGUUCGCCACCCGAGUGUCUCCUGUGUCGGCUGCGGUGUACUUGGUUGCCUAGGAAACAAGGGUUCGGUAUCGGUUAGGUUUUGGUUGCACAAUACGAGCUUCUGCUUCGUGUGUUGUCAUUUGGCGUCGGGAGGUAAAGAAGGGGAUGAGAUGCAUAGAAAUUCAGAUGCCAUGGAGAUACUGCGAAGGACGAGUUUCCCGCGUGAUCAUGCCCUCGAUUUACCGCGAAAGAUCUUAGAUCAUGAUCGAAUAAUCUGGCUCGGAGACUUGAACUAUAGAAUCUCAUUGCCCGGAUCAAUGACGCGAUUAUUAGUGGAACAAAAGGAAUGGAAAGUUUUGUUAGAGAAUGAUCAGUUACGCGGGGAGGUUUUGGAAGGUCGAGCUUUCGAAGGUUGGUGCGAGGGUGCUAUCAAAUUCUCCCCUACUUACAAAUAUUAUCCGAACUCCGACAAAUAUUACGGGUGCAUUCAAGGCAAAAAAGGCGAGAAAAAGCGCGCACCUGCAUGGUGUGACCGGAUUCUCUGGCAUGGCAAGGGCAUGAAGCAAAACCGGUACGAUCGGUGCGAGUCGAGGCUGUCGGAUCACCGACCUGUGAUAGCUCUUUUCACUGUGGAGGUUAAAGCUUUCAUGAGAAAUUCAAACUCUUUAAGAAGCUUCUUUUUGUCGGAGAGGUUCAAUAUAAUAAAAGGCCAUGGUGAAUUGUUUCGCAAAGAUGAGCAUAUCAGAAGUGGAAGAUUCAGCGAAAAUAUUUAAGCUUAGCCCCAUCUUGUUCUAUAUAUAUAUAUUUUUUUUUGGUACAUGAUGAUGAAUCCUAACCAAUGAACUCUCUAACUUCUAAUGUUUAGAAGACAUCGAUCGAUCAACGAUAGUACAUAAGAGAACGUAGGAAAAAGCUAUUUUGAAUGCAUCUUUUCCUCUCAAAUAUAGAAAAUGUAGAAAUGUGAAUUUGUAUAGAAUUACACUAA